AUGGCCGCCGCCUCAGGUGUUUCCACCUGCGUCUCCUCCUCCUCUUCCCACCAACACAACUCUCCCUCGACGUUCUCUCCCGUCGCCUCACCACCAGAGACCGACGGUCGCAGCGUUUACAGCGCCGCCUCCCGCUCCAACUCGGUUGUUUCGACGCCCGUCUCCGCCGCUUCGCCCACUGCGAGCACCCCCGGCGGCGCACCGACGCCAACCCCGAGCGGCCCGACAAAUGCCUCCUACGCCCCGCAUCAACUACCUGCCAUCAGACCAAACGCUGCGCAACCAAUAUCGGUCAGACCGCCCCAGGUCUUGAACAAAAUGUCCAUGGCCUCCGUCAUCAGUCCGCCGCCCACCGCCGAGGCACCCAAGAUGUCCAUGACCACCAAGGAAUGGGUCAUCCCUCCCAGGCCGAAGCCUGGUCGCAAGCCCGCCACCGACACGCCACCCACCAAGCGCAAGGCCCAGAACCGUGCCGCCCAGCGGGCCUUCCGCGAGCGCAGGGCCGCGAGGGUUGGUGAGUUGGAAGAGCAACUGGACGAAAUUCGUGAGGGCCAUGAAAAGGCCGAGAAAGAGCUCAAGGACAGGGUGCACGGCUUGGAAAUGGAGCUGCAGUCCUUCAAAUCCCGAUGCCUCGUCCUCGAGAACAUGUUGGAUCGCGAGAGGAAGGAUCGCGUCAAGGCCGAGACCGAGCUCGAGGGCCAGAAAAGACGUUGGAGCGAGCAGGCCCUAGCCCCUAGACGCCUGCCGUCCCCUCGCCGCCGGGACUCCCAGCUCACCCACCAUGAGCCCCCUACUCCCUCGGUCGGCCACUCGAACCAGCCCUUUUCUAUCUCACAGAUCGUCUCCCCCCAGGACUCGACGCACAUGGAAGACUCUCCCGCCCCGUUUGGCUGCGGGUCAUGCGGCCCUGACGGCUGCGCCUGUGCCAACGACAUUCUCACCGACACCGUCACAGGAUGCGGUAACUGCACUCUCGGAGGCCGCUGCGCAUGCCUUGAGGAGACUAUCAAAAGCGCCAUCAUCUCGGACUUGAAGAGAGCGCCCUCACCUUCGGCAGUGACUUCCACUGAGAAGCGUCAUCGCGCCGAGCCGACCCCGCCAGAGGAGGAAACGGAGAUUGACUUUACUGCCAUGUUCUCCAAGAAGCCACCCGUGCAUCAGCCGACGACCUCGACUCUCAUGCAAUCUCAGCCUCAGCUGCCUUCCAUGGCUUUUAAGGAUUCCUGCGGGUUCUGCAAGGACGGAAGCUACUGCCUCUGCGCCGACACGUCCAUGUCCCUCGGCCCUUCUGCCACUACCGACUACGGCCCUCCCCCCGCCUACUCCCAACAGACCCAGACCCCUCCUCCUUCGGAGAAUGACGCCGUCCCCCCACCCAUGCCCAUGGAGAUCGACGCCGACGGUGCCGUCAAGCUUCGUCCCCGUCCCCAGACAAGCCAGCCCGUCGCCCCGGUAUCCCGUGGCUGUGGCCCCAAGGGUCCCGGAUCGUGCGCCCAGUGCCUUGCCGACCCCAAGUCCGGCCUCUUCUGCCGCGCCCUGUCUGCAAACUUUGAGCGCAGCGGUGGAGGCUCCGGUGGCGGCUGCUGCGGUGGUGCCGGUGCUGGCGGCGGAUGCUGCAAAUCCGAGUCGGCGCCCCCUCGUCUUCCGGCCAAGGGCAAGCUCGGCCUAAGCCUGAGCUGCGCGGAGGCCUACCAGACCUUGUCCAGCCAUCGCAACUUUGAAAAGGCUGCCGACGACAUUGGCUCUUGGCUACCCAAGCUCCGCGCUGCACCCAAACCGGGCCAAACCCUACCAUCACCCUCCCGUCUGCCCAUUGAGGUCGAAGCGGCAAGCAUCAUGAGCGUGCUCAAGGACUUUGACAUCCGCUUCGGGAGAGGACAGUAA